CUCUCUUAUUCGCCGACCUUGAUAACGCGGUGGUUGUCGUUGUCCUUGUUUUGCGACCUCCGUGAAGUUCUUCUUAGCCGUCGUAUUUGUUUUAGGGUUUCUAUCUUCUUCGAUGGCUGCCAAUUCGCACGGAGGUGGUUCCUCUUAUGGCCAUGCUGGCCCUUAUCGUUCAAGAGAAGGGCUCACCACCAGAUCAGUUAGUGGUUCGAAUGAGAUCCAAUUGCGUAUUGAUCCGAUGGAAUUGGAUGAUGAGAUCAGCGGUCUUCGUGGUCAAGUUAGAAAAUUGAGAAAUGUUGCCGAGGAGAUCGGGACAGAAGUCAAGUACCAGAAAGAUUUUCUGGAACAGCUGCAAAUAACAGUGAUGAAGGCCCAGGCUGGGGUGAAGAAUAAUUUAAGAAGAUUGAACAAGAGCAUAAUCCAAAAUGGUUCAAACCAUAUUGUUCAUGUGAUUGUCUUUGCAUUAGUCUGUUUCUAUGUAGUGUACCUUUGGUCCAAAAUGUCCAGAAAAUGAGGAGCGAGAUCUGAGGGUGGUUUGGCUGUCUGGUCUUGUGGAGGAAUACUUGACUUCAGACCUUCGGACCACGAGACCACCCUCACGAUGCCUGAUUCUGUUGUAAAGAGUAGUUCUACAAUCCUUACAGAGUUCAUAACUAAAUGUUUACCUUACUAUUGUAGCCCCCACGUUUGAUGAGGUUGAUUGAUUUCCUGUGCAUUGGUUGUGUGAAAACAGAAGUUCUUUUUUA